UUAGUCAAUGAUUAACAGUGUUUAUACUUCUUAUUAAAAAAAAAGGGUUUAUACUUAUUUCACUGCCUUCCCUUCCUUAUUGGGUUUUUAGAAUUUCUAAAAAUGUUAAUAAACUCAGCAAAAAAGUUUGAAUAUUCAGAACCUACCCCAUGUGCGCCUAUAACCUGUUUGGUGAAUUGCCUGAUAGAAGUAAACCCAAGAAAGAGAGAAGAAAAUUCAAAGCUUUGAUUAUAAUAAUGAACACGGAUAAAUGCAUGGUUUUUAUAAUUGAUCAUUCGUACCCAAUCGGCCAUCACAGCUAAUCAAAAUCAUUGGGGUUUUGAAAAAAAUUCCCAAUCUAUAUAAUAAGAUUAUAAGAACCUCCCUUUGCUUUUUAGAUAAAUUAGUUGGGAACUCAGAGGUGUUUUUUGGGAUCUGGGUUUUCUUUGUUUUAGCUGUUCCAUGCUCGUAGGAGAAUUCUUUGAAGUCCAAGACUAGUUUGGGAUUAGUGACCAUUGGUUUUGUACUUCAAAAUUGAGGUCUUUAUUGGUCUCACUCUCUCUGUCUCAAUGUUCUAUAGCUAAACUCCUUAAAAAGCCUGAACAAGUUUGAGAUUUGUGUUUCUGGGUUUUGUUUAGCUUUGUUACUACUUGUCUGAUUGGUUCAUGGGCCAAUCUGUAGUCUCUGUUGUUUGCGUUUUGUCCCUUCUUGUGGGAACUUGUUUUGCUUCUUCUCAAGUGAGUGAUAGGAUCACUGAGUUGCCAGGGCAGCCAAAGAAUGUGGGGUUCGCUCAGUAUUCAGGUUACGUGACUGUGAAUGAGCAAGCUGGGAGAGCAUUGUUUUACUGGUUGGUUGAGACACCAGCUAGUCGUAAACCUGAGUCAAGGCCACUAGUGCUUUGGCUCAAUGGUGGUCCAGGUUGCUCUUCUGUUGCUUAUGGUGCAGCUGAAGAGAUAGGACCUUUUCACAUUAGGCCUGACGGGAAGACCCUUUACUUAAAUCCCUAUUCUUGGAGCAAUUUGGCAAAUUUACUGUUCCUGGAAUCUCCAGCUGGUGUUGGUUUUUCGUAUUCGAAUACGUCAUCAGAUUUGUACACAGCGGGUGAUCAGAAGACAGCCAAAGAUGCAUAUACAUUUCUUGUCAAUUGGUUCGAAAGGUUUCCACAGUAUAAGCACAGGGAUUUCUACAUUGCUGGAGAAAGUUAUGCAGGUCACUAUGUUCCCCAGUUAUCUCAAAUUGUUUACCAAAGAAACAAGGGAGUCCAGAACCCAAUUAUUAACUUCAAGGGAUUUCUGGUGGGAAACGCUGUUACUGAUGAUUACCAUGAUUAUGUUGGCACCUUUGAGUAUUGGUGGACCCAUGGUUUGAUUUCGGAUUCCACCUAUCGCAUAUUAAGAGUUGCCUGUGAUUUUGGGUCAUCUCAGCAUCCCUCUUUGGAAUGCAUGAAGGCUCUCAGUGUUGCUGAGCUGGAGCAGGGAAAGAUUGAUCCAUAUAGCAUUUACACUCGGCCUUGCAAUAACACUCAAUCAUUGAAGCGCAAGUUAAAGGGUCAUUAUCCAUGGAUGUCCCGAGCAUAUGAUCCCUGCACCGAUAGGUACUCUGAAGUGUACUUCAAUCACCCAGAAGUUCAGAAGGCACUCCAUGCAAAUUUAACUCGGAUUUCUUAUCCAUGGAAAACAUGCAGUGAUAUCGUUGGUAAUUCCUGGGCGGAUUCUCCACUCUCUAUGCUUCCUAUUUACCAAGAACUCAUUGCUGCUGGUCUUAGGAUAUGGGUAUACAGUGGAGACACUGAUGCGGUGGUUCCUGUGACUGCAACUCGUUACUCCAUUGAUGCCCUGAAGCUACCAACUAUUACCAACUGGUACCCAUGGUAUGACAAUGGAAAGGUUGGUGGCUGGAGCCAAGUAUACAAAGGAUUGACAUUUGUCACAGUAACUGGAGCAGGACAUGAGGUUCCACUUCAUCGCCCUUGCCAGGCUUUCAUUCUUUUCAAAUCAUUUUUGGAGAACAAGCCAUUGCCAAGCUAAAGCCAGUUAAUCCUAAUCACUCUGUCUUAACAAGUAAGCACCAAAAAUAUAUAUUACGAUUCUUAUACAGGGGCUAGGUAAAGACAAUAAAGAGAAGCAUUCCUCUCGAGUGCCCCUCCAUUCUUGCCCCCCAAGUGUCUCCAUUCCAUAACUUUAGUUUGCAAGGUUGUGUAUGAAAAGGGAAAAUUGCCGGAAGGGUCUGUUAUACUGAAAUGGAAAAAUUUAGUAUUCAAAAUUUAUACAUGAAAUGUAUUCUUUGUAGGAUUUCAAUAAUUACAACCGUACAUUGCUACUUAAUAAUCAUUGAUCUUGUUCUGUUCAACAA